UCUCGAUCGAGUUGUGUCUUUUGUUUGUAGUUAUGAAAUACGAGGUAUUGUACGAAAUAAAAUAAUUUCAGUUAGUUUAAACGAAGCGAAAAUGGAUGUAGUGGAUCUAUUGAGCAACAUAAACGAUAAAGCGAACAUGUUCGCUGUCACUACUUGGACAUCAGAAUGGUCGAAUAAUUUCCAAGAGAAUCAAUUGCUGUGGUCUUUCUGUGGCUGCCUUUUAGUAUCCUUGCUGAUCGUAUUCUUUUAUUACUAUAGGAGAUGGCGAGUCAAAGAAUUAGUUGGCGAUGUCUGCGCGUCAGGGGCUGCAGGGGAGCCGGCGAAGCGUUUCAGAAAACGCGACAAGAUGAUGUUCUACGGUAGACGUAUGUUAAGAAAAGUCAAGUCCAUAUCAAACUCUGGUCAGGGUCGCAAGAGGCGAGCUGUCAUGAGGUUCGCGCGUAAACUCCUACAGCUCAAAAAAGACUCCGCUCCUGAACAACUUAAGGUACUGGAACCACCAGCAGAAUACUUGGAAGAGGACCUCACAAGUGACGAUCGAGUUCCACCGGAUGCUCUAUACAUGCUGCACAGCAUCAGAGUUUUCGGGCACUUCGAGAAACCAGUCUUCCUAAUGCUUUGUAAACACACUGAGAUACUGAACUUGCCUGCUGGCUCAUUCCUGUUCAAAGUUGGUGACACCGACGAAAACGUAUACGUGGUUCAAACUGGUCGUGUGAACGUAUACAUCACGAAUCAAGACGGAAGCAGUCUCUCAUUGAAGGUCGUCAGGGCGGGAGAGAGCGUCACGUCUUUGCUUAGCUUUACUGAUGUUCUCACGGGUCACUCGCAACCUUACAAGACAGUGAACGCCAAAGCUCUUGAAGAUUCGCAAGUCAUAAAGCUGCCAAUGAGAGCUUUCCAAGAAGUAUUCAAAGAGUACCCCGACAUAUUCGUCAGGGUAAUACAGAUCAUCAUGGUUCGUCUUCAGAGGGUAACGUUCACAGCUCUUCACCAGUACCUUGGCUUGAGUGCUGAACUUGUAAAUCCUGGCAAAGAGAAACGUCGACCGAUGACGGUGUCGUCGUCUCCAGGGAAGACAGCAAAGGCGCCAGCUGACAACCUGUCGCACUCCCCGCAUCCCGCCGACAAGUCCACCCCGGAUAACGUGGAGGGAGGGCAUCAAGUCUCCUCGCCCAUCCACAUCCAGGGUCGGCGUCAGAGGCCCGACAUGGUGCCCGACGUAACAUCGAACACACUACAGCAGCCGGACGUGCAGCCGACAUCCUCGCUGUCGCGCAGCAAGGAGGGCAGCUCCUCGUUCAAGAAGCACAUCAAUGACAACCUAGACGAGAAGGCAUUAACUCAAAUAGCAACCGACGCGUUCGUGAAGGAGCUGGGUCUGGAGAACGAGCAGCUCUUGCAGGGGAGCGUGCAAGUGCGGGACCUGCCCGCCGGGACCUACAUCAUGAAGGAGGAGAGCCAUAAGCUCUAUUAUAGUGUGAGGGGUGAACCAGAAAUAAUUCAGGACGUGGCAUUGGUAUAUUUGCUAUCCGGAGCUCUGCUGGUGUCACAGAGAGUGGCCGAAGGUGAGGGCGAAGUGCACAUGUUCACAGCCUAUCCAGGUGAAGUGGAAGGCGGACUAGCAGUUCUAACGGGCGAGCCAAGUUUCUUUUCUAUACGAGCGAAACACUUCUCGAGGAUCGGUCUGCUGUCCAAGACCACUGUGUACAGCAUCAUGAGAGAAAGACCCUCGGUGGUGUUGCACAUCGCCAACACCGUCGUGCGGAGACUGUCGCCGUUCGUGCGCCAAGUGGACUUCGCUCUGGAUUGGGUGUUUCUAGAGUCUGGCCGCGCGGUCUACCGCCAGGACGAGGAGUCGGGGUCUACUUUCAUCGUGCUAAGCGGUCGGUUGAGAUCUGUCAUCACGCAUCCGAAUGGAAAGAAGGAACUCGUCGGCGAAUAUGGAAAAGGAGACUUAGUUGGAAUAGUGGAGAUGGUGACGCAGACUCGUCGGAGCACAACGGUGAUGGCGGUGCGGGACUCGGAACUGGCGAAGCUGCCCGAAGGCCUCUUCAACGCCAUCAAGCUGAGGUUCCCGGUCGUCGUGACUAGGCUGAUCAACUUGCUGGGACACAGGAUUCUAGGUUCCUGGCAGAAGCCGACGCGGAGUCUGGGCGGCGCGCCCGCGAUCGACUCGAGGCCGUUGCAGCACAACUUCAGCACGGUGGCCGUGGUGCCCGUCAGCGACGACGUGCCCCUCACCGCCUUCACCUACGAGCUGUACCACUCGCUCUGUGCCAUAGGUCCAACGGUCCGUCUCACUUCGGAUGUCAUAAGGAAACUGCUCGGUCUAACGAUAAUGGAUCCGAACAACGAGUACAGACUGAGCUCGUGGCUGGCACAACAAGAAGACAAACACAAGGUGGCGCUGUACCAGUGCGACCCGAGCCUCACGCAGUGGACGCAGCGCUGCAUCCGACAGGCCGACUGCAUACUGAUCGUGGCGCUCGGCGACAAGCAGCCCAGCAUCGGGAAGAUCGAGAAGGAAAUCGAACGUCUAGCCAUACGAACUCAGAAGGAGCUAGUUCUUCUGCACCGGGAGGGCGGACCGAACCCCUCCGGCACCGUGCACUGGCUCAACAUGCGCACCUGGGUCAGCCAGCACCACCACGUGAGGUGUCCGCAUCGAAUGUUCACAAGGAAAAGCCAGUACCGGAUUAGCGAGCUGUACAGCAAGGUGCUGAUGUCUGAGGCCAACGUGCACUCGGACUUCAGUCGGCUGGCGCGCUGGCUCACCGCCACCGCCGUGGGGCUGGUGCUGGGGGGCGGAGGCGCGCGGGGGGCGGCGCACGUCGGCAUGAUCCGCGCCAUACAGGAAGCAGGAAUCCCAAUAGAUAUGGUGGGGGGCGUCAGCAUCGGCGCGUUUAUGGGCGCCUUGUGGUGCAUGGAGAGGAACAUCACCACUGUCACGCAGAAGGCCAGGGAAUGGUCCAAGAAAAUGACGCAAUGGGGUAGGCAGCUUCUAGACUUGACGUACCCAGCCACGUCGAUGUUCUCCGGGCGACAGUUCAAUGCCACCAUCAGGGCGACGUUUGGCGAGGUUCACAUCGAGGACCUGUGGCUGCCAUACUUCACUGUCACCACUGACAUUAGUUCCAGUUGCAUGAGAAUCCACAGGCACGGUAUACUGUGGCGGCUCUGUCGCGCUUCGAUGAGCAUAGCCGGUAUAUUCCCGCCGAUCUGCGACCCCAUGGACGGACAUUUACUGCUCGACGGGUGCUACGUCAACAAUGUACCAGCUGACGUUAUGAGGUCUCUGGGAGCGAAACACAUAUUGGCCAUCGACGUUGGAUCUCAAGAUGAUACAGAUCUAACGAACUACGGAGACGACUUGUCGGGCUGGUGGUUGCUUUGGAAAAGAUGGAACCCGUUCACGACGCCGGUCAAAGUUCCUAAUCUGCCCGACAUACAGAGUCGAUUGGCUUACGUGUCUUGCAACAGACAGUUGGAGGAAGUGAAGAAAUCGGAUUACUGCGAAUACAUCCGUCCCCCGAUCGACGCGUACAAGACGCUGCAGUUCGGUUCGUUCGACGAGAUACGCGAGGUCGGCUACCGGCACGGCGCCGCCUACUUUGAGGGGCAGCGGCGCGGCGGGGGCGGGGGGGUCAGCGGGGCCGCCGCCUCUGACCGCAAGGGACCCGAGCAGCAACCGGCGCUCACCGAUUACACGUUCACGGACUUAGCUCAGAUGGUGUGCUCGGUCCGCACCGGUCGCGACGCCGACAACGAUUCCUCCUCGUCUUCAGACUACGAGGAGGAUCAGAGGCACUUCGAGGGGUACGCCAGCGAGCCCAGCGCUGGGAUACUGGAGAUGUCUUCAAGCAUUGAGGACGCGGCCGCCUGGAUAAGUGACACCGAAUUGGAGGGUAUAAGGGCCCGUCGCGUCGGAGGGUCCCUCUCGCUGUCGGAGGACGAGGUCGACUCGGAGGCGGAGGUGUACGAUCCGCUAAACAAGCGCGGUUCGAGCAGAUGAGAUCGGACCCUGCACGACUUGUGCAAAGCCCUGUACGAAUACACUCAGUACAGUGACGACUAAUGACUCUGAGUUGCCCUUUCAAACUCUAUUAGACUAAUGAAUGACCCUGCCCUUUCGAACUCGAAAUACGAACAAUCGAUAGUUCUUUUUUUAUUUUUUGGCUCCGACACGGUUUGUGCAUUAGCCAGCGUCAAG